AUGUCUGUAAAGAAGGACAUCCAUUUGCCACCACUGUCAGCGUUUGAAAGCAGGCUUUCGUCAAGCAAGGGGACUCAAGGGCAAGUGAGGUCUGUGCCAAAAAUACUGAAAGUUACAGAUGGAUGUAGCCCUGGCUAUCUUUCCACCUGGCCUGCCCAUGUCAGCUCUCAGGUUGUUCAGCAACACAGUCAAAAACACACUUGCUCUGCAGCAAACAGAAACCACGGAUACAGUGAUGAAUUUGGACGUACUGUAGCUAAGCCACGGUUCCUGGAACAGCUGGAGUGCUAUCUCAGGAGAGAACUGGCAUCUUUAGAUAUGCAUAGUCCCAAACUCCAGCAGCUCAAACUUCAGGUAUACCGAGAAGUUUUUGACUAUUUUAUUGAAGACUUUAAAACAUACAAGCCACUAUUGUCUGCCAUCAAAAACGAGUAUGAGAUUACUCUAGUGUAUCUGCAACAGCAGAUCCAAGAGCUGGAGCCUCUCCGUGCCCAGAUGGUGCUGCUGUCUGAACGGUGCGAGGAGAGGAUUCUGGGCCUGAGGGAGCAAGAGAGAGCUGAGAUCACGGCUUUGAAACAGGAGCGCCAACAUCUGCAGCAAGUCAUUGAGAGCAUGAAGGAGCAACAGGCAGCUUUGCAGACCCAGGUUUCAUAUCUAGAGGAGGACCUUGCAAGACAGUAUGCGCUGUACAGGGAGGAACGUGACGCCCGCAGGCUGCUCAUUGACAAUAUCAGCAGCAUGAGCUACAGCCCACAGGAGCCUGGUUACUCACUGAAUGAGGAUCCUGUGAAUCUAAAGCUGGCUUUGGAUGUGUGUAGAGAGGAUCUAAACAAGGCCCAGAUGGAGCUCAACCACUUGCAUGCAGAAUAUGGAGAUGUGGUUCCCCGUAGGGACUGGGAGAAUCUAGAAAGUACGUACCAGGAGAACCUCCUAAAGCUGGAGACCCUACAGUCUGACUUCAACCAAUUGAAGACGGAAUAUGACACAUUGCUAAAUUUACAUCAGCAGAUCAGCACAAAGAGAGACAGCCUUCACAGAAAACCCUCAACUCCUAGACCACGGUGGGAGCAGUGUGCAGAUGUACUUGGUAGUGGGGAUCGCUGUUCUGAGCUCUUUGAGGGCCAGUCUAGUCAGAAAAGACUGGAGAUCUUGCUGAAGGAACUGAACAGCAUGGGCUUGGAGCAGAAAGACUUCUUUACUGGACUGGGUACUUCCAGCGAUGUUCCCAUCUACCUGCGCUAUGAGGGGCAACAGAGGAACCUCCGAUUGAAAAAGAAUGACAUUGUUAGAGUUCUAAAGGACAUAUGGAGAGAGAAAGCAACUGAAGAUGAGAAGAAGGAUGAAAGCAGUGAUCUAAAGGAGUUUCUGCAUCAGUAUCUGUUAAAGCAGCAUAAGGAGAGGGCAGGACAGUGGGCUUACAGCCUGAUCGAUGGCAUCAAGCAAUACCUAGAUGAUGCCUUCAUUGGUCUCUUCUAUGACAUUCUCCAAGGCAAGGUGGAUGAAAGUGUGUACCAUGGCCAGACCCAUCUACUGUCUAAUCUGCUCAAGGUGCUUAUACAGAGUGACAGCACUGAGAGUGGAUUGCUAAGUACACCCCAAUUCAGUGAGGCUCUGAGGACAGCUUUCCCCCUGAAAGGAGAUAAGGAUAUAGAGGAACUGGUGCUGGCUGCUCAGUCAGAACUGCAGACCAGCCGAGGAAGCAUUGCCUAUCAGAGGCUGUACACAGAGGACGCAGAUGGAAAGCAGAGUGAUUUCCUGGGUCUGGUAAAAAAGCAGGCUAUGGCCGAGAGACGCCAGUACAUCAACCAGCUGAGGGAACAGCUAGGAGGAAAAGGGGAAGUGGGAGUGGAAGAUUUAAGAGCUGUUUUCAAGACAAUUGAUCCCACACUGGACUCUGAGACUCUGGACUGUUAUUUGAGUACGGCCUUUCAGACUAAAGAGCUGCACCAGCACACAGCACUUUUGGACACUGAGGUUGCUCUACAGCGCCUCUCUGCAGCUAAUGUAAGCAGGGCAGGACCCAUGCCUCAGUCGGAAUAAUUCAUUUACACACAUUUCACAUGUGUAAAUGGACUCUUAUAUUUAAACAUAAUCAAGGAAAUAUACUGGAUAAAUUUUUUUUUAAAUCUAAUAAAAAGAAUACAUUCACGGUCUACUCUUCAACAUGAUGUUUAAAGGUGCAUUAGGUAAGAUUAGUCUUUUUUUUUUUCAAGAGUAUGUAUCUUAACAGUUAGUUGGGUUUGACAACUAUCAUAUGAAUGAUUCCUGCCUAUGUUCACAAAGCUCCGUCCCCGUUAUCUACGGUGGCCUGUAGAGUGUCUAAAAAAAUGACUGACAGGAGGCGCAUCCAAACACAAACAAGCAUUCUGGACAGGAAGUCAGUUUUCCAAAUGAGUUUUCUCAUGGACUUAAUGCACUUUUACUAAGGCCAUGGCUUAAUGCAUAGGUUUUUUUUUUUUUUUUUUUUUUUUAUCACGUCCUACAUGUCUUCCAGGUUAUUUGUACAAGUAAAGAAUUUUAAAAAAUGACUAUUGCAUCUUUAAGGAAAUCUUAAGAUAACGGUAACUGAUCACAAAAAUGGCUUAAUGAGAGAGUGUUUUAUAUCCUCAUAACACCCCACUGUCCUCACAUCAAAACAUCACAUGUUCUCCUAAAAUCUAUGUGCUUGUAAGAUCCUCAUGAGGACAACUGGGUCUUACUAUUUUUUCCAAACUUCUUCCAGUUUGAAGACAUUGAUCAAUUUCUAUAGUUAUCAGGUGUGAGUAAACAGAAAUAGUGAGGAGAUACAAUAUUAUUGUACAGGUUUCAAGAGAGUAUGUUCAGUAGGAUAUAUAGCAGUGUAGGGCUCGAGGUUUAAAAACUGGUGAUCAGUAAACACUGACAUGCAUAGCCUAUUGUAAUCACAUUAAAACUGGUGUAUCUAAUAUGAGCUAGUUUUAACUGUGCUAUUGUUAACUUAUUCUUUCAGCACAUAUAUCCAGGUACUAGUACUAGUGAUGUUGACCUAUUAAACUUUAUUUAUUUAAACUUUAUUUUGGCUUAUAAACUUUAUUACACUGUUGCCUUUGUUAUUGGGCUGAUAAAAAAUAUAGAAACAUGGGACUGGGACCAACUAGUUAGAAAAACACUAUUGACACUAUUGAAUAAGACACUAUUGAAAAUGCCUGUAAUACUUGUGUACAAAGAGAACAUGAUGAUGCUGACUAUAAAAAUGUUUAUAAUGAAAUGAAUUGAAACAGUAUUACACUGUUUACUUUUUACAUUAUCGGACACUUUUAUUUAGUGUUGAGUGUUCUUAUGUGGUGAGGAAUAACAAUGCUCAUAGACCUAGCAUACAAUAUAUGCAGUAUAUACUGUAUGUACUUUUCAGUGUAGCGUAUGUAGAAAUUCCUUCUAAAACAUUGCUCAUAUACAGUACUGUGCAAAAGUCUUAGGCACAUGUAAAGAAAUGCUGUAGAGCAAAGAUGCCUUCAAAAAUAAUGAAAUUAAAUGUUUCUACAUUAAAAAUACUAUAAAGAGCAGUAAACAGUAAUAAAUGAAACGAAGUCAAUAUUUGGUGUGACGAUCCUUCGCUUAAAAAAUAGUAGUCUCAGGUACAGUGUGUGCAGUUUUAUAAGGAAAUGAGCUGUAAGUGUUACUGAGCAUCUUGCAGAAGCAGCCACAGUUCUUCUGGAGACUUUGACUGUCACACUCGCUUCUUAUUUUUGCAGCAAAACCCAGCAGCCUUCAUUAUGUUUUUGUCUGAAAAGUGUCUCUUAUGGAAUCUGCUGCUUUCUUUACUGACGUACAAACAUUUUUCUGAAACAUUUAAUUUUGUGCUGGAAAACUAAUGUUUGGAAUCUAAAAUGUUUUUGUACU